AUGGGUUCUCGAAUAAUGCUACGCUCAAUUAUGCGCACUUGGUUUUCUUCUGACAAGUCUUCUGACUCAGAACCAGAAGUCAGGAUAGAAUCAAUUAGAGGAGAGUGUCCUCAACCAGGCAGAAAUCGACGGCGACUGAAAAAGGAAAAGAAUAAUCCAUUUGGGUUACCCAAGAAACGAACUUAUUGCAGUCAUUGCCACGGUACUAACGGUUAUGGAGACAAUGAUUCUUCUAGGCGUGAGGCAAAAAGUAAAAGUCACAAGGAUCAAGACGCGUCAGGCGGGCAGCAGCAUCGUCUUAGUGAGCAACCGAAGCCUCUGCCUGUGGUUCCACGUCAACGUCCCCCACAAGCAAGAGGCCAACAGUCUCCAUCAGAGGAUACAUCCCUGCAUAUUCAGGGCCACAAUCAGAAACAUAAACGCAGCAAUGUUGUUGAUACCCAAGUAAACGCGUCAAAGAAGCAGAACCAGAAGAAGCAUGGUAUACAUACUCUCUACCAACAGGAUCAGGAACAGGGGAGCAACGAAGCCAUCUUCUUCUCCGACGACCGCUCAAUGAACCGCGAGGCCGUGUCAGAGGUAGUCGACAUGAUAGCUCUGCGCUUCAGCCACAUCCCCUACGCCGUUAGCGGUCUCGCAGCCAUGGUCUACUACGGCUACGAGGCGAGGCCGUACAAAGUGAGCAUCGUGUGUCCCGAGCACACGCGCGAGAACCAAAAGUGCUGGGCCAAGGCGCAGGGCAUGAUCCCGAUACCGCGCCAGCGACACGUCUGGGGCGUCGCGACCUCUGACGGCAUCAUCCAGCAGAUCCGCGUGAGGUUUCCCUACGAUUUCAACGAGAUGCAUGCCCUAAAAAUAGGCACCGCUGGCAGCAACCCCGUCACCAUGUUGUCGCUAGCGGGGCUGGCGGAUGAGCUUGCGAGGACCUAUGUUAAUGAGCUCAAGCACUCAGACCACGACAGGCAGGAGAAUCUGGCGCACGAGAUGAUUUGGAUCCUCAGAAGAAUCAUUCAGUGCAGAUUACCCGAGCAUGCGCUGCGGCCUGAGAGGAUACCUCACCUUAUCAGGGAGACGUUCUGGUUACCCUUCACUCUAUCGUAUCCAGAAUCGGUCCCUUUAUUCGCAAAGGCGGGAUGGAGUAUUCCCAACGAGGGAUGGCUUGAAGAUGAAUGA